CUGUGUUUGCCUCUGUGACCCUCUGCCCCGCGUUCCCACUCUUGAGAGUGGGGUUUCGGUGCUGGAGGGGCCUGGCGCCACAGACGACCGCCCCCUGUCCCCGAGGCGGGGCGAAGCGCAGCCGGGGCGGCUGGGGGUGGUUCCCUCGCCGCCCAGUUUGGGGCGUUUGAGGACUUUUGAACUUCCGGGGCUGGCGGGCCGGGGUGGGCGGCCCCGGGGCGUCGCCGUGCCCAGUGCUGGGGCGCGGCCCUUUAAACUUUUGUUUUUGAAACUUUGGGGGUGUGGUCGCGGCCCUCCUCGUUCCGUGGCUGGUUGCUCCCUGGCCACCCGGCGCUGCCCUGCGCCCCGCCUUCCAGAUGCUGUGGAGUCAUGAGCCGGGAGGGCGCAGGGACCCCUCUGGUGGCCGAGGUGAUCAAAGAUCGCCUUUGUUUUGCCAUUCUCUACAGCAGACCAAAGAGUUCAUCAAAUGUACAUUAUUUCAGCAUAGAUAAUGAACUUGAAUAUGAAAACUUCUACGCAGAUUUUGGACCACUGAAUCUAGCAAUGGUUUACAGAUAUUGCUGCAAGAUAAAUAAGAAAUUAAAGUCCAUUACAAUGAUGAGGAAGAAAAUUAUUCAUUUUACUGGCCCCGAUCAGAGAAAACAAGCCAACGCCGCUUUCCUUGUUGGAUGCUAUAUGGUUAUAUAUUUGGGGAAAACUCCAGAAGAAGCGUAUAGAAUAUUAAUGUUUGGAGAUACAGCCUAUAUUCCUUUCAGAGAUGCUGCCUAUGGGAGCUGCAAUUUCUACAUUACACUUCUUGACUGUUUUUAUGCAGUAAAGAAGGCAAUGCAGUAUGACUUCCUUAAUUUCAACUCAUUUAACCUUGAUGAAUAUGAAUACUAUGAAAAAGCAGAAAACGGAGAUUUAAAUUGGAUAAUACCAGGCCGAUUUCUUGCCUUCUGUGGACCUCAUUCAAGAACCAGACUUGAAAGUGGUUACCACCAACAUUCUCCUGAGGCCUAUAUUUCGUAUUUUAAGAGUCACAACGUUACUACCAUUAUUCGUCUGAAUAAAAGGAUGUAUGAUGCCAAACGCUUUACGAAUGCUGGUUUCGAUCACUAUGAUCUUUUUUUUGCGGAUGGCAGCACCCCUACUGAUGCCAUUGUCAAAGAGUUUCUGGAUAUUUGUGAAAAUGCCGAGGGUGCCGUUGCAGUACACUGUAAAGCUGGCCUUGGGCGGACGGGCACUCUGAUAGCCUGCUACAUCAUGAAGCAUUACAGGAUGACAGCCACCGAGACCAUUGCCUGGAUCAGAAUCUGCAGACCUGGCUCAGUGAUCGGGCCUCAGCAACAAUUUUUGAUGAUGAAACAGACAAGCCUCUGGUUGGAAGGUGACUGUUUUCGUCAGAAGUUAAGGGGUCAGGAGAACGGAAGGCACAGAGCAGCCGUCUCAAAACUCCUCGUGGCUGUUGAUGACAUUUCAAUCAAUGGGGUCAAGAAUCAGGACAAACAAGAACCUGAGCUGUACAGCGAUGACGAUGAGAUCAACGGAGUGACACAAGGUGAUAGACUUCGGGCCCUGAAAAGCAGAAGACAAUCCAAAGCAAACGCGAUUCCCCUCACAUGUUCCCUAGCUGUGCUGACCUCUGCACUGUGUAGUGUUGUCAUCUGGUGGAUUGUGUGUGACUACCUUCUCCCCACCCUGCUAUUCUGUCUCGAUGGUUUAAGGACACAGUAGCCAUCAGGACCCUUUGACAGAUAGCUUCCCUCCAUUUCAAGGACUAAAACAGUCUUGCGUUAAGUAAAAACCUGUGACCAGAGCCGAAGGAAGACUCUAGGAACAGAAAUACUGCAACAGGAUUUUAGCACAAUUUAUUUGGAAACAAAACAAAAGUUGCAAAAGCCUUAGCUGCUUGCCACCUAAGUUUAUUCAACGAAGAAAAAGUCCACUGGAAUUUAAAUAACUACAAGGGUUUGGUGCACAAGCGAGUGACUUGAAGAAGGCCCAACUCUCCUUCUGUAGAAACGUCUUAAGUUGAACAACGAAAACGUGGUUGUAAAUUAGUCUCAGGUGUAAAUAUCAACGCCCUCUGUUCUCAGGGCAGCUGACGCGUCUGUGUGGUGCACAUGUGUCCCUGUGAUGGCAAUCAUUUUAGCUGCUGGCCUUCAGAAGAAUUGAGGAUCUGAUGGAGGUUUUUUUUUACUUAAUUAUUUGCUGGUCACCCUGUGUCAAAACUUCUAAAGAUAAAACAAGCGUUACUGAAAUGGUACUUUCUGUCAUUUGACGCCAUUCGGUUUAAUCAUCUCCAUUUUAAUAUUUGUGAUAUUGUUGAAAUGUUAACUCCGUUAAGUACCCAAGCUGCUUGUCUUCCACCAAAGAGUGCUUUAUUCACAAGAAUCUGUGAAAACCACAUUUUAAGGCUGUUGCAUGUCGCGAUACACAUUGGUACUCGGGUAACCUAAAACUUGGAAGAGAAUAUUAAUCAUAGCUUUAGAAGCCUCAGGAGGAGAAACUGGCUUCACAGUUGGAAGAUUGUUGUAAGUCGUCCCUUUUUAUGUCAUUUUGAGACGGAAGAAUGCCAGGGCUGUCCACUAUGUGGCUGCCCAGUCAUACAAACUAAAAUUGUAUUUCCUUCCAUGCGGGAAGAAACCCCACACUGUUGAUGUUUGCCCUUGGAAACCGUGAUCCCAAAUACUGGUGACUUUUUUUUAUAUAAAGUUACUUUAUUAGGGUCUUUCCUGUCGCGUUGUGGGUUUUUUGUUACGUGAUCAGCCUAAGGCCAUUCAUACACCCUUUUAGUUCAGUGACAGUUAUUCGCAUCUGGAUUUCAGUUGUUUGUAAAUAAGAAACUCACUGUUGCCUUUGGUUAGGGAAUACAAUUAAUAACUCUUUGCAGAGUGCCUUCUCCCCUCAACCCCACAGAAACACAGCAGAGUCUGUGAUGUCAGGCAGUCACAAAUCCGAAUUUACUUGCUGCUAAAAGAAAGGGGGGGGCCAAAAUAAAAGAGUAUUUUUGCAGUCACCUGGGUUGCUUCCAUAUUAAGAAGUGAACGGUUUAGUUACCAUUAACCGGUUAUCAUUAGCCUAGUUUGGAGAAUGGGGAGAUACAAUAUUUAAAGGCAAAAUGCCUUCACAUUACAAGAUGAAUGAAUCCCGUUAGUAGGCAAAUCCACUUUUAAAAAGCUGCCUUUUUCAUAUGACUGUGAAGAAUAAGAAAUGGCUGUGGAAUAAACAGAUUAAAGUCUGUUAAGGCCAAAAAAAAAAAAUUGGAAGGCUGUGGUUCUAUUUUGGUAUUUACUCUUGGAGGAGAUUGUAAGAUUGCCUUGUUUUCAGAGGAGAUGGAAAACGCCAUUGUUUUGGCCAUCGUUGGGCACCACGGGGCUGGGCCAAGCCAGCUUUUAAGUUGGGGGCGAGAGCUCAGAAAAACAGCGGUUUUUCUAUCCCUGGAAGUUCAUAGAUGCAAAGACCCGUCGCCUGACAGGAAAACAGCUCUUCAUUAAGCUCUGAGUGGGAGGAGAAGCAUUCCAUUCAUUGUGUCGCUCUGGGCGACCAUACCGCAGGGUCAUCCUGUGCCCAGGCGUAAAAUCUUGAAUUCUCAGGGCACUCUCCUUCCCUUUAUACUUCUAAAGGCCAUCUCCUACAUAACUAAUCCAGGCAGUGGUGCAAAUCAGACUUCCAUCUGAACUGUUCUUGUCGGUCAGAACGAGUUAAAUGUGCCGUCUCCCUCGCAGUGAAAAAGCCAUUUGGUGUCUUGGCCAAGAGUGAAAAAACUGGGGCUUCAGUGUACUUUUUGUUUUACAAAUUGCCUUUUUCCGUGUCUGCUGCUCAACUUUCCAGCUAGAAUUGCUGUCACUGUGGCUCUUUCUACAAAUCCUUGUAUUUGACAGGCUCACUGAGGUUAGUCGUAGCAAGCUGGUGAUUGGGUCAAGCGGCAUCGCUUGGAUGGAACACACAUCUUGGGCUAGUGCGUCAGACGGACUGCACAGCACAGUGUUAGUAAACUUACUGGGGACGUAUCUCAAAUCCAGGGUGGCUCUGGAUGGGUGGAAAGCUCUUCCUGCGAUGAGUAGGAGUAGACUCUCCGCCCCCCGCCAGACCCCAGCAGAAACUUCAACACACUCAAGAAUCUUCGGAGUCUCAUUUGUUACAGAAGAUCUUGUUGCUAUGGGAUACGAAACAGGGCAUGUCAGACCGAAAGAUUACUUUAACUUAAGAGCCUUAAAUAGCUUUGAAAGUACACCAAGUCAGUUUCCAUUGGGAUUAAAAUUAGAAAGGAACUCUUUUAGGUGCCCUUGAAGCUUUCUGGUCUGCCAAAGUGGGUACCUAAGAUGUAUAGACAGACUUCCAUGUCAGAGUGUUAAAGAAAAGCUAGAAAUCUCUCCUACCAGGGAAGAGGGAGGACCCUGAGCAGUGCCUCACUGAAACAAGUAGCCUUGUCAAAAUGUAGCCGCAUCUACGCAGCGCGCUGCCCUUCUAGCCUCCAGAAUUAUUCUGUUCUAAACUUGAUCCCCUUAGCCUGUCCCCCACCCACCCACCCACUUCUUCCCUGCCCUCCUCCCCCUCUCACAGGGGUGAUGUCUACCUCCUGGGCCCAGACAAGUUUCAGAGGAGUUCCCCGGCGUUCUCACAGGGCAGACGUGUCUGCCCGUGGAGUCUGAGACACGGUCGGGCGGCCGCGUGGACCAGCGGGCAUCCUGGGCAUCCUCUCCUUUGCUCGACAUGCGAGCAUUGCCCUCCUUUGAUGUUUGUUCAAAAAGUAGCUUAGCUGCUCUCCUGCAGACAUCCUUUCAAGCCAUCAUCACAUUUUGGGAAGCAGUGCUCAUCAAAAACAACUUUAAAAGCAUAGUUUAAUUCUUUAGCAGUUUUCUCCCGCUGACACCGUCCUGUGAGGUUACCUGCUGCUCCUCCCCUUCUCCUAAGUGAGGAUUCUCCGUGUCGCGAAGUGGGAAUGCUCCACGUGUGCAUAGUUGACUGGACAGUUCACCUGUACUGUGUAGGAAGUUACCUCCUUAAUCGCCCAAUAGAAUUAACUGUCAGCAGAUCUGUUCAUCUGAUUAUAGUACUGCAUAUUUAUAUUAAUAAUUUGCAGACUUUUAUCUAACCUGCACUCAUGUACAGAUUAUUAAAAGUUUUCAAACGUAACUGAAUAAUCAGUAUUUGAUCAAUCAUUGUCUUGAUUUUUUUAAUUAAAAUGUAUAUUUCUAACUCAUAUUUUAUAAAGCUGAGAGAACUGGUUGAAUGAAUGUUUAUUUUCCUGAAGGUAUUUUUAAGAUAAAGCUUCACAAUGGCCUGUAAACUUUGCGUAUCUAUGUAGUUUGGUACAUAAUUGUCACAUUUGAAAAUCUUGUGUAUUGUAACUGGUUUUAUACAAAAUGUUGAAUAGUAAAAAUUGUAUAAUUACAAUCGUGUAAUUAAAAGUAUUAACCAAA